GUUGACACCGGUGUCAGACGAAAGUCAUGUCGUUGACUGAAUAUGCUAUCCAAGCUACUUUAGGGGGUAAAAAAGAAACUGGUAUUGGCUUAUAAAUACAUUUUUGAAUGAAAGAAACUAUUAAAACCAGAAGACAAGAAAGUCAACUGUUUAAUUUGAGUCUUUGCUUUGUCUAAUUCAAUAUUGAAUGACCCAACCAACAUUCAACAAUACAAUUCAUCAUUCAAAAUUCAAGGCCAAUUUUCUUAAACUUUUCAUUACUUUUGGCCGUCAUUUGCUACUUAUAAAAACUCUUUGAUAAGUAAUGUCCAUUCAGUAAUUGUGAAUUAUCUAAAUUUUAAUUCAUGCCUGUAUUCAGUAGUAAUACUGAACAAGUAACUACACUAAAUGCUAAGCCUAAAGGUUUUUUUAAAAAAAUAGGCUCAGUUAGCAGUUAGGGUAAUUGGUCAAAGUCAAACUAUUGGCGCCUGAUGUUGUUAUGUGUUUUUUGUAAAGAAUUGUCUGCCUUAGCCGACAAUGUGUAUUCUUUUUCAAAUUAACUCCAGGCAGUAAUAGUUAACUAACAAUAAAUUAAAAUUGUAAAUUUUAAAUUAUAUUUCAUUUUCAUUAAUAUUAUUAUUUUUGUAAAUGUAUUGCAUACACUUUAACAAAGACUUAUUGAUCAAAAAAUCUGGCAUCAGGAGCUGUUUUCAAAGAUGCCUCAGCCAUGAAAUAAAAAGAAAAGUUACGGCUGUACAAUUUAGUAUUUGUUAACUAUUUCUGCCUGGAAUUAAAUUAAUAAUGAAUUGAAUACACUCAAGUUUACAUGCGUAAAUAUGAAAUUUGUUAAGAAAUAAUAGGCCUAUAUGCACCUGAACUACACUUUUACAAGAUUAUAAUAGGCUACUCAUAGCCUAAUAAUAUUGGUUGUUGAGGUCUUCAAUGUUAGUUAAAGGUAAUUAACCCAGGAACUGCGGCAUGCAUCAUUCAAUGGUGUGGGAGCUUUUCAGAGCUUUUUGAGUGCCAUUUGAAAUUGCAUUAAAUGACAUAGAAAUAUUGAUACAAAGUUGGCCAUAUUGCCCACCCUGUAACAAAAUUUUGUUCAGUUUCCUUGACCUUGGAGUUCUCAAGAACAAAAAAUGGACAAAAUGUCUUGCUUUCAAGUGCUCAUAACAUCAUUAAUUUUUAUAGUUACACUUAAAACAAAAAUAUAAAUGUUCUAGCCAAGUCAUUUAUCUUUAAAAAAAUGUAUAGUUUGCUAAGGUUUUGAUGACAAUUAAGCCUCUGAAGGACAUUUGAGUAAUUUUCGGUCAUUUAUAUUAGAACCUGGGACCACUGCUAAAACCAAGUACAAAAUACAAAAUCUCAGGCAAAAUAGUUAUUAUUGACUAGUAAACAUUUAAAAAGGAACUGUGGAACUGAUUUGGGUUGUUUAACUAUAAAAUUUAUUAGUUCUGAACUAUAAUCUGUAGCUUCUGUGACUAAAAUUCAGUCCGUUCUUGCUCAGCCUCCGGGCCUGGCUCAAAGUCUAAGAGUAGCCUCAGUAGGCCUACUUCAGUAUCACUAAGACUAGGAUAAGAUUCACGAGAAGAAGAAUCUCAUCUGAUAUCGUCAUAGGGAAUGUUAAAAUCAUCAUCAGUAUCACUUAAAACCUCUCCAAAAAAGCUUUCAAAAGUAUUUCUAUUAGUUCUUGCACUGAAGGCCCAGCCAUAGCUUCAACUAUUUUAGCUUUAAAAAAAACAGCAAUAUAAAUAUCCGAUUAAAAAGUACUUAAUUUAAGUUAUCAAGUAACAGCUUGAACCGGAAGAUGAUUUAAUUAUUAAAAAAACGAAGUGGCUAUAAUUCUGGUUAAAUAUUGGAUUGGAAGUUGCUAUCGGACCGUGUUUUUUUAUCAGUUGCCACAGUACAGAAUAAGAAUGUCGGCUAAUUUUUUCAGCCGACCACAGUUUGUGUGUUAAGCUAUUUUCCAGAACUAUGGUCAUAUAAUUUAUGAAAUGACAAAGUUUUGAUAGUUUUUCAAAAAUUUUAAUAUGGUAUCGAAACAUCAUUUUAGGUGGACUUAGAUGUAGGCUUAAAAUGUCAAUGUUAAGUUGUGCUUUACUUUUGCUUCCAAAAUGUUUAAAUUGUGUUCAUUAUCAUAGACAUAGUUAUAUAGUAAAUAGCAAUCAAGGCCUAAAUAACAUUCAUUCAUUGUUAUUUAAAGUAUUUACUUUUAAUUUUCAUGAAACCGAUUUCAAUAUAAUAGAUAUAUUAUGUCUAUUAUUUUGAAAUCAGUUUCGUGAAAAUUUGUUUAUAAAAUAAAUUUGUUGUGACUUUCAACUCUUAAAAUUCGUUAUAUUUUAUAAAUGUACUUUUUUCAGCCAAUGAACCAUGGCCUGAUGAUGUUAUUCUUUAUCAACAGUAUCAAGGUUAGUAUACCUGUUAAUGAUUUAACAUGAACUGCCUUAUGUCAAUUUAGUCCUUUCUUUGGUUCUCACCAUUUGUCAAAUAUGACUGGGGUGGGGGACAGAACAGAGCUUCAUUGUUUUUUUAGGUAACUUAAAGAGGUAGGGAAAUUGCUUUGAAUUUUGGAAGGGAAUCGUUUGGGGGUUAAGGUUAACAGAUUCUCAUAUCUUGAGCUAGAGGGGAUUGUUUCUUUCCAUAAUAUUAUAUUUCGGGCCUGCCAGAUUUCAAAUGAUAAUUUUGAGUUUAAAGGCGGAAGUUCCUGACCGGAAACGAUCGGGCAGGGAUGUUUAAAUAGAUAGCAUUCCUGGACCACCUAUGGAGGUUCAGAAUGGUAUAUAAUCUCUUUCUGACAUAGAGAGUAAAGUUAGGAUGGUCAAUCUGAAUUGACAGGAACAGAAGUAGUAGUCAAAGAUAGACCAGGAAUAUACAGCUUGUCAAGUGUUCAAGCUAGAAGAGAAGCAUUUCUGGAUUUGUUGCACUAUUCACCAAUACAUCUUUUCUUUGUAAUUGCUGCUGUGGAGUUGUUUCAUGAUUUAAUCGUGUCUUGUGUAUUCUUCGUUGUUAUCCUCAACACCUGGAUCAGUGAAUCAUCACAAAUAGGAGAGGGGCCUGUAUUAGUCACAAUGACACCAAUACCACUUGGUCUGUGACCAAGGCAUAAGUAUGUGGCAGACCCUCAAAAUACCAUCCGUUCUGUGAUACCAUUAGACAUGAAAAGGUUUUGAAAAGUUGAAAUCAUUAUAGACUGGUGUGCAUUUAGUAAGUUUGCUGUACUAUAACGUGAUAAUUUUACAACCAUUGCAUCCUUAGAAUUUAGAGUACAGUAAAAGGAAGUAUUUGUUAAAAUAAUUUGUAUUAUUUUCUGUCAAAAUUUAAAUGUGAUUGAAUCCUGCAUAAAUCAUUGAAAUAAUAUAUUUAUAUUAAUAUAUUGAUGAUGAUAAUAUGGUAUCAUAAUUUUGAGUUAUGAAUGAUAUUUAAUUAAGGAGUUAAAAUAAACAACCAUUAAUGAUAAAAAAGUAUUGAAAUGAAAACAAAGAUUUCAAUAAAAAAUUUGGAUUUUUGUUAACAAUGACUAAGUAAAAGGUACAUUGUUCUUUCCAAAACAACUUUACAGUGGAGCAGAUAACUCUGCCUGACUAUGCACAAUGUCUAGCUGUUGAAACAUUUCUUCACAUGUGUGGUCUGAAGUUCAGGGUUGAACAGCGAACAAAUGCAGAAGAAAUGUCCCCAUCAGGUAGUGUUAAAAUAAUAUAUUUUUAAAGACAUUUUUAGUUCUCUAAAGCUAUCCUAUAUAUUUUUUUGACCAAAAAUAUAUUCAUUUUCACAAUCUAUACAUACAGUUUAUCUAUUUUUCCAGGAAAAGUUCCUUUCAUUCAAGUGGGUCCAUAUUUAGUUUCAGAGUUUGAGCCUGUGGUUGGUUUCGUCAAUACAAAGGUAAGCACAAUUAAUCAGUUGCAGUGCAAUGUAUGCUUUAUGUCUUCCUGAGUUUCUCAUUUUUAAUGCAUUUUGUUUUUUUAAUAUGUGAUCUAAUUUUAAAUAACUUUACAAACGUUAAAGUCAGCUGAAAGUUCAAUGCUGCUGUACCCAAAACCAUUCUUGAUUAUAAACAAAAGAGCUUAAAUCAAUCCACAUUAAUUAAUAUGAUAUUCCCUUUAUGUUUGUCUUUUCCUCAAUAUGUUUAAUGUCUUAAAUUUAAAUGAGCAAAAAAUAAUUUUUUCUACAGAUUUUCUUUUACUUUUUUCUUACAAUCAAAUAAUCAAACGUUAUUUUUUCAACAGGGCUUUUAUUUAACUAAAGAUAUGCCUGACACUGAGAGGUCAGAGAUGAGGGCCUAUAUGUCAAUGAUUGAAAAUAUUAUGGGGAAUGCAGAGGUAAGUCUCCUCAGGAAAAAGAACAAUUUCCUUUUUUUUAAAAACAAUUUAGUGCUCUCUAAAUUUGAAAAAUAUCACAAGGGGACUAGCCUAUAUAUUGUUUUAGAAAACCUUGUCUUUAUAGUUUUAAUUUAAAAGUUAUUUUAAUUAGAAAAUGUUGAUGGAUAGAUAAAGUUUUCCCCAAAAAAUAAUAAGCAAUAUUUUAAGCACAUUAAAAGAUAGAUAAAAUUACUUUAUUGUAAACUAAACACAUUUUUGCAUUAUUGCAAAACAAUAUUGAAAUAAAAUAUAACCAUUAUUUUUAUUAGUACUGUUUUCCUUUUUAAAAGAAUGAUAGUAUAAUGAUUUUCUUCUAAUUUUUUUCAAACCAGUUGUACUUGGCAUGGUUAAACACUGAUAUAGCCAAUGAGGUAACGCACAAUUUAAAACAAGUGGUUAUGAAGUAAUAGAGUACAACUUAUUUUGAAAAUAAUUAUUUAGCAUUUUAAAAUAUUAUUAAUUUUAUUUUUAGAAAAUAGCACUUGACAAAUGAAUUCUAAUCUUAUGGUAAUAAGUGCACAUUUGGAUUUUCUAAAACUGAUAAUUACAAGUUCAUGUUUCAAUAAACAAACUUUUUCAUUCUUUCUUAACAAUGAAGACAGACAUGAAAAAUAAACCUUUGACAAAAGGAGAGGUUAAACUAUUCUCAUUUUAAGUAAGGCUCUAUUGCUUGUUAAGAUAUUUAGCCAUAGUCAAGAAUUACUUAUCUCUGUGUGGCUUUAAGAGAUGCCAAAAGAUUAUAAAUCAAUAUUCCUUGCGUCAGUAAUGUCUAAUCUGAUUAAGGAUUAAAAUAUCCUUAUAUAUUAAAAAUAAUGUAUUCUCUUUUUUGUACAUUUAAGGCAUCAUCCCCUGCAGGGGUGUAUUUCUGCUGUUGUUUCUGCGUUUACGGGCAUAUUUUCAAGAUCAUUUCAGAUUUCCCUUCAUUUGGAAUUAAGUUUAAUAGUUUGUUAUCUGUGUACCUUAAACAGGUAACUAAGCCUCGUUAUGGUUGUUCAUAUCCCUGGCCACUGAAUUGGAUUUUACCAUGGCGUAAACAAAGGGACAUACGGGCUAAGUUAAAGGCCAAUGAAUGGGCUGUUAAAUCACUUGAAGAGGUAAAAUGAUCUGCUGUUUUGAUUUCAUGAUGGGGUAAAGCAGUGAUUUAUUAUUAUUUUUUUUUAAAAUCGAAUCAACACAUUGAUGUGCUUUAUAUGUAACGAUAAACAAUAUAAUAAUCUUAUUGCGUUAGAUGUUUUUCAUUUAGGAACCCGUAAAGAGUAGGGGAGGUUUUUUGUUCAAGAGCAGAAUACAAUGGAUAAAGGGGGGUUGUAGGUUGGUCUUGAAGACAUCAGCAAGCUACCAUUUAAUUGUUAUAUGCUGAUUUAGAUCUACUGCUUGAAUUUCAGUUUAAAUGUUCAAUGUUUAAAAUUUUUAAAAAGCUGGCUUGCUUUUUUUUCGAAAUAAUAAUCCCAAAAAAACUUAGUUUUUAAUACAAAUUUUAUAAAUUUUACAAAUUAAUACGGGGUACAAAUUGUUUUUAAAAGCUUUUAUUUUACUUUUUUAUUUGUUCUGAUUUUACCUCUUUAUUAUAUGUUGGGUCUGGCUAUGCAUACAGUAUCUGUACUGUUUUUGUUAAUAAGCUGAUCUCUAGCUUUAAAAAAAGAAAUGUGAGGAAAGUCAAUGUUAAACAGUACCGGUAUUUAGUCUUUUUAGGAUGUGGUCAGGUUUUUUGUUAACUGUAGUUGUAUUCUGUUUUUGUGGAGACCUCCUUGUGUUACCGUAAAGUUAUUUUCACUCAGCAACAAAAAGGAAUUAUUAGAGAUGUAGCAUUUGAGGGAAUUACUAAUUUUUAUGAAUUUAUAAAUUAUGAAACAUUUUACUAAAAAAUCCUAGUGUUUUUUUUUUUCCAAAUGAAUUUUUUAUGUACCCACAUCCAGGUGUGUGAGGAAGUUAAGAUCUGCUGUCAGGCCUUGUCAGAGCGCUUAGAAAAGAAACAGUUUUUCUUUGGUGACCAGUAUGUAUCAACUAGGCAGCUAGAUUAACAGUGUUUUGUUAUGUGCAUCCAACAAUGGCCAAUUAAAACUAAUUGUGAACAAAGAUGAAUGAACUGGAGCUAAAAAACAAUUUAUGUUACUGUAUAAAGUUUGAAGAAACAAUGAACUUCUUCAGUUAAAUCAGUGCUGAACAUUCAUAAUUUGUAUUGAUGAAAAUAUUCAAAUUUUAACAUUUAUUUUUCAAUGUUGUUAAGAAUAAAAGAUAAAAUAAAAACAAAUUUAUCCAUGGAAUAUUCAUAUUAGAAACUAUUGUCAGAAAACUAUGAGCCAUCUAACUACAUUAAAUGCUUUUAUCCUUGGCAAUCUUUUUUUUAGUGAUACCUAAAUGCAAUCAUUUUCUUCUAGUCCUACAGAACUGGAUGCAUUGGUUUUCGGUCAUCUCUACACCAUCGUCACCACCAUACUCCCUGGGGGACAUUUCACAGCCGUGGUCCAAGAGUUUCCUAACCUGGCACAGUUUUGUAAAAGGAUAGAAGACAAAUAUUUUAAGCUUGGUUUUGACUAAUGUGGACUUUCCAUAAUGGUGCUUUCCAGUUUUGAGCUUAACAUAAUGAAUAGUAGUAUUUUUUAAGCCAAGUAUCAUUAGAAUAACCUGGUACCUCAUGUCCUGACCAAGGGAAGAGUUUAAAGUAGUUUAUAUUCCUACUUGAUAGACAGCUGUAUUUUUUGAAACAGUUCUAAGUGAAAAUCUUAUCAGUGCAUAAAUUUGAGUAUCACAGCAAGCCUAAAAGGUUUUUUAAACUUCAGACAGGUCCUGUGUAAAGUUUAGAAAAUUUCAAUUUGAACCCAAUAAUUAUGAGAUAGAUUGCAAUAAAUUAAAAUUAUUUUUAAACUUUAUUUUGUGAAAACUAUCUAUGAACCCUUCAGGAAUAUUGAUUAAUUUAUUAAUAAUUAAAGAUACCUGUGCCUAGGUAUGUAACAUUUUCAUUUAUAUAUGUUUAAGCGGUAGGAAAUAAUUUACUUCAGCAAACCUCGAACACAUCGUAAUUUUAGUCAUUAGAAAUGUAAUUAACAAUAAUAUUAAUAAACUUUAGCCUAGUAUCAAUAAAAAAAUUGUUUUAUUACAUAUUACUUAAAGUAUGUGAGAAUUAUUUGUUCAGUGUUGCAUAAAAUCUCUUCAAAUUUAUUCCUUACCCAAUUAGCAUUCUAUUAUUUUUAGUUUUGAAAUAUUCUCAGCUCUUGCCAUUAUUGUUCAAUGACUCGAAAAUGAAGUUAUACAAUGGGUGUAAGAUAUAGUUAAAGAUAUGUGCGUGUAAGUUAAAGGCUGUACAAGAAUUGUCAAGUGAAGAAAAUGUUUGCCUUCUUCUUUGAAUUGUUAAAAUCCCAGCGAAUUAUAUGCCAUUAGCAUUUGUUUUAUACUAAAUCAGCUAUUGAACUGAUUUCAAUUUGGAGGCUGGAAAUCUUUAUAAAUACUAUUGCCCUUCUCUCUUUUUUUUUUUUUUAAACUUUGGUGGCCUGACAAUAAGAUUGCUUUUAAAAAAUUUUUUUUUGGUUUAAGUUUAAUUAAUUAGUUUUUUAGUUUAGGAAAAUUAAAAAUCAGCUAUUGAACUGAUUUCAAUUUGGAGGCUGGAAAUCUUUAUAAAUACUAUUGCCCUUCUCUCUUUUUUUUUUUUUUUUAAACUGUGGUGGCCUGACAAUAAGAGUGCUUUUAAAAAAUGUCUUUAUGGAUUAAGUUUAAUUAAUUAGUUUUGUAGUUUAGGAAAAUUAACUUUCAAAUAAACAUCAUAGAGUUGAUAAAAUUAUAAACGAAUCAGAAUGUCUGGAAAUUUUGUAUAAAUAACACUUUUUAUGAAUGUGUAGUUUCCCCAUUCCUGGCCAAACCAUCACUAGAUCUGGAUAAUCUGUAACUUCUAAUUGAGGUGAUGGUGUUUAGUGUCUUGAUGUUCAUUAACUUUAAGCAUGCAUGCAACUAGAGUUAUUUAUUCAUUGGAACUAUUCAAGAAGAAAUGACUUACUCAUUGAAAUUGAAAGGUUGUGGUUAAAUAUUUAAUUUUGUAUAUUUAAACUAUUUUGUGUUUACUUUUCAUUUCAGCCAUAAUGCUCAGAGAGAGAAUUCAUUAAUAAAGUGCUUUAAAUCUCUACUUUAACUGUUAAAUAUUUGCUGAACAGACAAGGUUUUUAUAAUUAUUUUUUUAAAGUGAGGUCUGAAACCUAAUAGGUCAUCAUCAUUUCAGCCCAUGAUUGGGUUAUUGAAUUGUUUUCUAAGUUUUUUUAAUUACUGAUUUUAAUUUAUUCAACACACCUUGAAAUUAUUCAGUAAAACAUCAACUUUGUCAGCGUGGAGCAGAGUCCAAGCAAAUUGUUAAUAAAUUAGAAUAGUCGUCUUUCUGUUGUACAUGCUAUCUUACCUACAAUGACUGUAUUGUAUGGCUACAAUGCCUACAUUUAAAAAAAAUUAUUAUUAACAAUAUUUGGAUUUCUUUUUAGACACAAUAACUGUUCAUCUUUUGUGAUGCAUUAAAGUGUUAUAAAUAGUUGCACUAUAGUUAAUUUUUUAAAAGAAUAUUAUUGAAUUACUGUUUAAAAAAUUAGCAUUACCACAUUCACUGGCAACGUUAAUAAAAUAAAUAAGUUCUUUUAAAACAAGAUUCACUGGUCUGUGUUAACACUUUUGAGAGAAUUACAAGUACUGUUAGUUUAUUCUAUAAGUUAUUGAUAGUCUCUGAUGUUAUUACUGCCUGAAAGUGCCUGACCUUAUCAGUAUGGCAGUAUGAGUUGUGUACUCAUAUAAUCAUGGCCUUUCCUGAAACUUUGCUGACCUUUUCUUUAUGAAACAAAUGGAUUCAUCAUCUUACUCAAAUAAAAAAAAUUUAACUGGUAACCUUUAAUAUUAUUUAAUAAAGAAUCAGAAUCUAUAAAAUAGUUGAUAUCUAAAACAAAAAUGUUGCAGUUACAGUGUAUUUUUUUAAAUAUAAGUAUUUUAAAAAAAUGUUUAAGAUUUAAGUAAUUUUAAUGCCUUCUAAUUUUGAUUAGUUCUUUGAAUUCAUUUCAGUUAAUCGGUUCAAUUUGUGACUGGCAAUAAAGGAUUUUCAAA